AUGGUCGUGGACGGCUCCCUUCUUGCGCUGCUACUUCGAGCAGCCCCAUCGAGCUUCACGAAGCUGGACAUUCUCACAUUCAAGCGCUGGACAAGAAACAGGCGCUCCAUCGCGCAACGUUUCGAGCAGAUCGUCACGGGCCAGUUCUACCCAGCGUGCAGGGGUUCCAUCCACAAGUCUCUGAAGCGCUCCCUCGGCACCCCGCAACGUGCGUCCCACGCUCUUGCCCCGUUCACUGCCGUGCCGCCGCUGCUGGGAAUGGAAGCCAAGCGCAAAUGUCCGCAGUCCGCCUACCUGCACGCGCUUCAGACCUCACUGUACAUCGACAACUUCGACAAGACCAUCCUCAAGCGCCUCAAGUCCUGGUUUCCGCUUAUCGGCAUGCUCCAACGUGCUCGCUCCUUUCAAGAAGCCGUUCAAGAUUCGCUCCCGCUUCCCACUACCGCUAAGCCUGCGCAGACGCCCGCCGCCGCGCAGCCCAUCGCAUACAUGAACGAGCGUGCUGAAGCAUGGGCAGCCCGCUGGACCCCGAGCGUCUUCCUUGACCCCAGCUACGACGACUACCGCGACUGGAUGGAAUGGUGCGUCCCGUACCUCACGAGAUGCCUUCGCCGCCCGCAAUCCGACAUCAUGUUCGACAUGAACAUCAGUCCCUGGAGCGAUGUCGACAACAACAUCCUCGUGCGCAUGGGCCUUCCCGGCGAGCAUAGCGACGACAACCGCAUCGACCACUCCAAAAUUCGCCGUCUCCUUUCCCGAGCCAAGCCGGCUGACUACGGCACCGCGGUCUCCUUCCACGAGGCCAGGGCGCCUGCCGACGGCAACAUCAACCUCUACAGCAUGAACAAGGAGCGGGAGGAGCGCGCGGCGCUGGAGAGCCGCGAGAAGCAGGCGGCGGCUCCGCCGCCCGCGCCGCCGGGCGGCGCCGCUGCGGGCGCGGAGGCGGUCGAGUGGGUGGAGAUCGCCGGCGGCGACGGUGGCGCCCGCUCCUUUCGCCACGCUGCCAGCGGCGAGGUGUGUACUGGGCCACCGCCCUCUGGCUGGGUGGAGCUGCUGGCGGACGGAGGUGCGCGCUACUACUGGCACGUGGGCACGCAGACCACGCAGUGGGAGCGUCCACGGUGA